AUGGCGAGCAACUCACCAGCUCCAGUAGGCCCAGUCCCAUUCCUGGACACUGAGAAGGACGACCAUCAGGUGGGCUCCGAUGUUCCUCCUUUUCCUUUGCCGGACGACCAUGAGCAUGAGGUCGUCGUGGUCUCGGAACUGCCGAGCAAGCUGCUGGCCGGCAUCCCGCAAAUCAGUCUCCGUCGCUACCAGGGCUUCUGGCUGCCGGAAAGCUGGGUCCCGGCCGCCGUCUCCAUCCAGCGCCGCUUUAAGCCUCGUCCCGACGACGUGAUCAUCUCUAGCCUUCCCAAGUGUGGUACCACGUGGCUGGUCGCGCUGGCGUUCGCCACCAUGGCCCGCCAUGCCUACCCGCCCAGCGGCGCCGACCACCCGCUCCUCCGCCUGAACCCGCAUCAGUGCAUCCCUUUCCUGGAGGGCGUCUUCCUCGGAGGCCGCGGCCGGGAGGAGAGGCUGGAGGCGCUUCCUUCCCCGCGCCUCGUCAACACGCACAUGCCGCACGCCAUGAUCGCUUGCUGCAGCAGGGUGGUCUACAUCUGCAGGGAGCCCAAGGACAUGGUGGUCUCCAUGUGGCACUACCUCCGGACCGUUCAUCCUCAGCUCUCUCUCCAGGACACCCUGGACUCCGUCUGCGGUGGCGCCAGCAGAUGCGGGCCGUUCUGGGACCACGCACUCGGCUACUGGCGCGCCAGCGUGGCCACGCCGGACAGGGUGCUCUUCCUGCGUUACGAGGAGCUGCUGCGCGACCCCGCCGGCAACGUCAGGAGGCUGGCGCAGUUCGUCGGGCAGCCCUUCUCACCGGCGGAGGAGGAGGCCGGCGUCCUCGGCGACGUCGUCCGGCUGUGCAGCCUGGACAACUUGCGGAGCCUGGAGGUGAAUAAGACGGGGAUCGUGGGCCCGCUCCUCAAGACGCCGCGUAAGGCGCUCUUUCGGAAGGGCGUCGUCGGUGACUGGGUGAACCACAUGACGCCGGAGAUGGCCCGUCUCAUGGACGACGUCGUCGCCCACAAGCUCCGAGACACGGGCCUCCACUUCAAGUGA